GAAACACAAAAAAAAAAACGUUCUUUUUGUUUCCUCCCAACCCUAAAACGCUAUGUUCUCUGUCUAACGCCGUUGCACCGCCGUUUUGUUGUUUUUGGCCGUGACUCUCUCUCUCUCUCACUGAGACGGUCGCUAAUCUCCGUCACACUCAUCCCUCUCAAAUUCCUCCACAAUGUCUUUCUGCAAUCAACUAAGCCGUCUCGUCAACCAACAACGCCCUCUCACCAAACACUCUUUCCGAUCUCUCUCCUCGGAAGCGACUCACCACAGGUCCCACCAAGAGACGCACAGUUUCCUCGAGCCGGAGAGCUACAUAGGGAGCUGGGAGGCUCCCAAGGACCCCAAAGACGCGGAGAGAUUGCUCGCGCGGAUCAGGAGAGAGUACGCGAAGAAAGUGAGCCUGUAUCGCAGAGACUACGUUCACGAGAUCGAGAUGCUCAGGGUGGAGAAGCAGCGUAAGGAUGAGGCGAGGCUGCUCGCUGAGCGUGCCGCUAAUGAGGAGAGACGGCGUUUGAAAGCUGAGGCUGCUAAGGUUAGAGCUGAGGAGCGUAAGGUUUUCGAGGAAGAGUUCAGGAGAACUUUGAUGAAAGAAAGAGAGGAAAAGCUGGAGUUCUGGAGAAUGACGGGACUGAAAAGGGAAGAUAAGAAGAAAGCGAGAAAGAAGCUGUUGCAUGAGCAAAGCUCUCUGUGGAUCGAGCCAAAGGAACUGGAGAAGAAGAUUACGGAAGCCCUGGUUGAUUCCACUACUCUCUAAACCCAAAUCCCAUUUUCUUCUGAAUCCUUGUUUGAGAAAACAACCACCUUGGUCAUUUUGUUGCAGACAUACUCUCUUUACUUCUUAGCACAUAAAGAGUGUUGGUGGAUGAAGUUUAAAAACUGGUCAAUAAUAAGAAAACUUUUCUUUUCA